AUGGCGAGCGCCGCAGUCGCAACUCAACCGUCACAACAACACCUUGGGGCUGGCCCAACUUCUCGUACCUCGUCGCCUAUGGACAAUAAGAAAGCCACAGCGAAGCAAGAAGCAUCCAAGACAUCCCCGUUGCAGGCUAAGUCGUCGCUUCCAGAACCACAAUCCACCUCGCUGGCCGAAGAACCCAAGCCCAUCAUUCAAGCAUCAGAACCCCUUGCGCCGCCGCCGCGACCAGCGCCCACCACCCAAGCAGAGACCCCCGACUACUUCUCGGCCCUGCACAAUAACGGGAGCAGCAUUGGUCAAGAAUUCAAUCCUUUUGAACAAUCAUUUGGAGCGCCCUCAACAGAGACACCCGGCAAGAACUUGCUCCCUCCUGUGGCGGCUCUCACAUCUCCUGCCAUCCCUGGCACCAGCUCAACUGCCGGGUACGGUUGGCAGAGCUCUCUUCGGUCGGGGCCGCUGAGCCCUGCAAUGUUGGCUGGUCCACAACAAGGCGAUUACUUCGACAGUAUCGGCCGUGGCUUCCCAACGCCAAACGAAUCAUCCCUCCGGACUGGCCUGACUCCGGGUGGUGGCGGGUCUAUGUUCCCGGUCCCCAGCCCGAACUCACAAGCACUCUUUAAUUCUUUGCAAAGUGGCGGUGCCACUCCUGGUACCCUUGAUUUUCAUCGCACGGCCAUCAACGCUGCUGCGCGCAACAAGAACACCCAGUUUGCCAACACCUCCAACCCACAAGACCCUGCCACCAGCAACAUGGACUCGGUCCAUGACGCCACUGACGCUGCCAAUGGCCUGUUUAUGCUCGCGAAAGGAGGUCAGACUACCAACCAAUUUGCUGUGCCAAACCCGACGUCUGUUCCAAUCGUCCAAGAUCCGAAACGGAACAGCAGUGACGCCGGUGACAGCGUCGAGAGCCCGCCGGAAUCCAAGCCCACCACACGUAGUGGCCGUGGUAAGAAGGCCAUCAAAGCAGAGCCAGGCAGUAACCGAAGGAAGUCGGAAGCCAGUGCCAAAGGCAGCAACAAACGUGCCAAGGGCAACUCUGGAGCUCCGAAUGUGGACCCUGCUCUUGACCCGCACGAGGAGGAGGACGAUGAUGAUGAUGACAGCGAUGAUGGCGAAGAACAGGGGAAACCCACGACCACGACUAAUAACGGCAACAACAAAAAGAUGACAGAUGAAGAGAAGCGGAGGAAUUUCCUUGAGCGCAAUCGUGUUGCUGCACUUAAAUGUCGCCAAAGAAAGAAACAGUGGCUAGCCAACCUCCAAACCAAGGUAGAAAUGUACUCGGCCGAAAAUGACAGCCUCAACACACAAGUCGCUCAGCUGCAUGACGAAAUCCGGAAUCUGCGCUCACUCCUGAUGGCCCACAAAGACUGUCCCGUCGGUCAUUCCCAGGGUAUCGGACAAUUCUUGAGCGGCAUGCAAGAUCCCAACGCAUACGGCAGCCAACAUGUCAAUCCGUACAUGGCCAUGCCCAACGGCGCAGCGCUACAGCCCGGCAUGCAGCGAACGUGA